AUGGCUACUGAUGCUGGAACUGAUAGUGAAGGCUUUGGAGGAACGUUCAAAGCUCUUCACUUUGAUAAUUUCGAAGAACAUUUUCCAGACCACAUGCUGAUGACGAUGAAGCAAUUCAAGAUUAUGAAUUCAAAAUUAAAUUCAAUCUUGCAAUCACAAGCAGAUGUGGGUAGUGAUGGGGUUACAAGUUUGGAGGUUGAUUCUUUAAUGAAAUUGAUGGAAGGACAAGUAAUUUCGAAGGCUUAUGGUUUAAUUAGGGAUUCAGAAAGUAGAGUCCUUGAAAAAGUUGAUGAACAUGAUAUUUCUACUGAGAAUCGAAUUAAUUCUCAGAGGGCUGAUUUUGUACGAGAGUUGAAAGACUUGAAGAUGGUUACGAAGGAGCAUCAUGUGCUCUUCGUACAAGAGGUCAGAAAGGAUUAUGCUUCGGCUAAUCAAAAAAUUGAUAUCAUAUGUGAUGCAGUCACCAGAUGUGUCAAACUUUACGAACAGAUGAAUGUAACACUGACAACUCUUUCUGCCAAAGAGGAACAAAACUUUGGAGAGUUGGUAGGCUUGUUGAAGGAAUUAAAGGACUUAUCUUCGAACCUUUUACCAACUAUAUCAGAUGCCCCACCUACUUUCACAGGGGUGCAAGGGGGAGAAAAGAUAGAACAAACAAAGGCUGGGGAACAAGUGAAAACUUGCGAAGGGAUGAAGACAACUAUAGAAGAUGCGAAGGUAGUUGGUAUGGUAUAUCCUUCGAAGGUGGUGGCAAAGGCAACUGUUGUUUCUGCUGGUCCAGUUACUUCAACUAUGAUCACAACAGUUCCAAUUCCAAAACCAAUCUCAAAGGGAGUCAUAAUUGGGAAGCAAACAAGUGUAUCUUCUUCAGAAAAAGUUGAUUUGUCAAAUAUAAAGGAUAAGGGCAAAGGGAUUGUUAUUGAAAAGUCCAAUGAAGAAAAGAAAGCGGAGGUGGCAGCUGAAGUAGAAAGAAUGAGACAGUUUGAGAAGAUUCCUAAGGAAAGCUACGUGGUGAUAAACACUGAUUUUUGGCAACAUGAUUUUCCAAUCAAUGAGAUGAUGUUUGUUAUGCCACGGUUUAAAGCCGAAACAAAGUCACUGGAAACAGAAGAGGGAAAGAAGAUGAAAAUUCAGUUUCAUGCGGUGUUGGGAAAGGCUUAG